AUGCAAAGAUUAAUCAUUUAUUUUAGUCUAAAAUAUAUUCUAAUAAAAGUAUUCUUUUUUUUUUUUCCAAGAGUUAAUCCGGUAGUCAAUAUGAAAGAAAUAUUUAAAAAAUUUAAAGAUAUAAAAGAGAGAGAAAAAAUAGAAGAAAUAAAAUUUAAAAAUGGAGAAAAGAAGGAUACCAAUAAUUCAUCAUCUAUUGAAGAACUAUAUGAAUAUAUAAGUGAUUUACAUAAAAAACAAGAAGAAUAUCAAAUUGAUCAAUCAUUAAACCAAUUAGCAAAUGAAUAUAAAAAAUCAUUACUUUGUGAUAUUAUAAAUAAUACCAAUAACAAUAAUAAUACCAAUAAUAAUAAUAAUAAUAAUAAUAAUAAUAAUAAUAAUAAUAAUAAUAAUAGAGAAUUAUCAGGAGUAUUUGAAAAUUUAUCAAUAAUAAAAUAUUUAAUUUCAAAUAAAAAUAAAAAUCAAAGUAGAGUAUCAACAUCUCAUCUAAAUUUAAUAGUUCAAAUACUAGGUAAAUCAUAUGGUCAUUUUUAUUUAGUUUCAGAUUUUUCAUUCAAGUACUUAUUGGAAUGUAGCUUUCAAUAUGGGUUGGAUGUAAAGAUUUAUAUGGUUUUUAAAAUUAAUUCGAUAAAGAUAAUGGAAAAUGAAAUAGUUAUUGAUGACUUCAAAUUUUUAGAUCAACCAAAUAAACAAAUUGGUACAAAUAUAAUCAAUCAUCCAUUUUAUCAUAGUUUUGUUGAUUACCAUAGAAACCUUUUUGAAGAUGAUGAAAUCAUUGAAGAGAUAUCACCCUAUUCAAGACCAAAUUCAUUAAAGAGGAAAUUUAAUGAAAUUAAAAAUUCAAUUAAUAAUAAAAGUUUUAUUGUUGGUACUAUUGGUAAUAGUUUGGAAAUAACUAAUUUCAAUGAUAAUCAUUCAGAAGUUAAACCAUUUAAUUGUUUUUUAAAUUCAAUUUUAGAUAAAGAGAAAUUAAAAUUAGAAAAGAAGAAUUUAAAUUAUAAAAUUUCAAAAUAUUUAUUUAAACAAUAUAAAUCGACAUCAUCAUCAUCAUCAUUAUCAUUGUCAUCAUCAUCAUCAUCAUCAUCAUCAUCAUCAUCAUCAUCAUCAUCAUCAUCAUCAUCAUCAUCAUCAUCAUCAUCAUCAUCAUCAUCAUCAUCAUCAUCAUCAAUUAAUAGUGAUCAAAUUAUUUAUUUAAAAAGAAAAUCAAUGGAUUUAUUUAUUAAUUUAAUUGAAUUAGAAUUUAUUAGAAAAAAAUUUAAAAAUUCAUUAAUAAUUAAUAUUAUUGAUAUUUUUAUAAUGACCCUAACAUUAAUUUGUGAUUUUAAAUUGGUUGGAAUUAUUCAUUCAGAUUUUAAAGAAUUUUGUGAAUUAAAUAAAAGUAAUGAAUUAAUUUGGUUAAAUGAAAAUGUUUUAACUAAUACCCUUUAUAUAAUUAAUCGUAAUAUAUCAAUGGAGAAAUUAAAAGAUUUACAAUUUAAUUAUUUAUUUAAUAAAAACAAUUUAAAUUUUUUUAAAAUGGAUAAAGAAUUAAUUAAAAUUUAUUCAGAACCAGUAUCAUUUCAUAAAACAAUUUUAAAAGAUGAAUUAUUUUGUAAAAGUGAUUUAUUUAAAUUGGACUAUAAAGAAUUAAAUUUUGUAGAUUCAAUUAAUUUAACAUCUACAGGUUUUAUAACAACUACAACAACUUUCAAUAGAAAUUUUGAUAAUAAUAAUAAUAAUGAUAACAAUAAUAAUAAUAAUGAUAUUGAUAAUAAUGAUAAUAAUGAUAAUGGUAGUUAUUCAAUUACACCAUCAUUAUCAUUAUUUAAAAAAUGUUUUUCACUCUAUUCUAAUGGAUUAUUUGAUACAGAUUUCAAUUGGAAUGGUACAUUUGAAGGUGGUGAAAAUGUUAAAAUUGUUGUAUCUGGUCUUGGAAUUUUAAAUUGUUUAAGAGCUUUACCAAAUAAAUCAAAUCAAUAUUAUAUUAAUUCAAUUCAAAUUAAAAGAUUAUUAUAUAAAACUAAAUUACCUAUAAUUAUAGUUAAUAAAAUAAUGCAAAUGGUUGAAAAUCAAGAUUAUCAAUUUAAUUCUUUAAAAGAUACAAAAUUUGAUAUUCAAUUGUUUAUAAUUAUCAAAGAUAGUGAUCAUGAUGAUGAUGAUGGUGUUGAAACAAAUGAAUCAUUAGAUUUGAAUGGUAAAAAAAUGAUUAAACAAAUUAUUGAUCAAUUGAAUACAAAUUAUUUUAAAUUUAAAAAAAGUCAAAAAAAAGAAAAAGAAAAAGAAGAAUUACAAAUAAAAUUUUCAUUAAAUUCAAAUUCAAUAACAUUAAUAUUUGACGAAAAUGAUAUUUUCAUACCAAAAAUUCAAAUUAUAUUUAAAAUUGGUAGAUCAAUGGAAGAAAUAAUUUCAUUUUUAAAUUUAGAUUGUAUUCGUUCAGUUUAUGAUGGUGAAAAUGUUUAUACUCUUCCACAAACUAUUAACUCACUAAAUAGAUUAAUUAAUUAUAUACCAGAAUUAAACAAUCGAAAUGAUUCUUAUGAUCAAUCAAAAUGUACAUACUAUGGAAUUAGUAAUGAAAAUAGAGGAUAUUUUAGAAAUAUCACUUAUAACUAUAACCCAAAAUACCCACCCUUUGAACUCUAUGACAAUAAAACAAAUGAAAUACAUGAACAUUAUUUUGACCAAAAUGAUGACAAUGUCCAAGAAUAUAAUGAUAUCUUAACCUGUUUUUCAAAUUUUAAAUUAUUUAGAAACAAUUUCAAAAGUUCAUUUCAUCAUAUUGGUUUAAAAUUUUUAAAUGAAAUGGAUAAUGAAUACCAAAAUGAUAUUUUUCAAACAAAUACAUUCAAAAGAUAUGGUGGUAUAAUAUUUGAAAAAAAAAAAAAAAAUUUAUAA